GGGAGAUGUGCUGUAAUCCCAAAGGAGCUGUCGUUGGGGGCAGAGGCCAAUGGUGGGGUGGUUCCCUUAGAUGGGUGCAUGCCGUUCUUUUUCUUUUUGGGAACCAGUGACAGCUUAAGAUCCCAUUUCACAGGCGGUAUAAAAGCUUGGCCAGGCCCGGCGUUGUAGGAAGAGGGCCCGAUGGGAUUUUAUGGAAGCCCCUUGUAGUCCUGUUGCCGUUUACGUCAGUUAUCUUCGACCAGGCUAAAAAAGCAAUCAGUAAACGAAACAUCUCUCUUUCUCCGCCUUCUAAAAAGCGUUAAAAGCUACAGGUUUUCUAGUCCGGGGAGGAAAAAUGUCCGUGCCCUGCAGCCCUGAUUUACGCGAGGUAAACGGAACGGAACCUUCGUUAUAUAGGCUGUCGUUCCUUUGAGGAGCCCGGACGACUUUCAGCGUUGGACUCGCCUGCGUAGAACUCGGGCCAAAAGAUGGUGGCAAAUACAAGGUAAAGGUAAACUGCAUUAACCAGAAAUAGAUACCAGUAUCUUUGUUUGGAUAAGGGAAGCGGCUCAUCAAUAUUCAUUUAUGGCUUCAUUUCUCAAAACGCUGGAUUUUCUUUCUUUGAUAAACAAACAGUACUGCCAAAGUAGCUUGUGUAGGACUCUUGCAAAUGGUCACCAUGCAAGGUGGUACAGUGGCUAUCAGAGACCCGGAACAUCUAUUGAGAAAAUUUCACCACGGAAGACAAUUGAUAACUUUAAGAAAGUAAUGGAAGAACUCAAAACACAAUGUGGGCUUGUAAAGAAAGAGGCAAUUGAUUUUAUGAAAGAUUUUGAUCAAAAACCAGUACAAGAUUUUAUAUUGAACCAGACAAAAGUGGUAUGGGAAUUUCGUAGUGAAGAAGAUAUAAAUAAAUGGGUGCUUGGUUCUGACACAGCGAUUGGAGGGAAAAGUGAAAUUUCUAUAAAGCUGGAUAAGAAUAAACAGUAUGCUAGCGUGUCUGGGAACCUCAAUACUACUGUACCUCAUGACGGAGUAACAAAAUAUAGUGGAUAUUGUGCCAUGAUAUCAAAACCAGAAAUGCUUGCUUUUAAUCGGACAAAGGUACAUGACUGGUCAAAUUUUAAUAGUCUAUGUCUGCGUGUUCGUGGUGAUGGUAGACCGUGGAUGUUAAACAUCAAUCCAAACAAAUUCGACCCUACUUCAGUGAAGGAUUCUUAUAACUACUUCAUAUUCCCUCGAGGGGGGCCAUAUUGGGAGGAAAUUGAGGUUCCAUUUUCUAAAUUCUUUUUUACAAGCCAUGGGAGAAUCCAGGAUGGUCAGUAUGCAAUCUGGCCAGAUAGGAUCAGCACUUUGGGACUUACUCUGGCUGAUAAAGUAGAUGGUCCAUUCCAGCUGGAUAUAGACUUCAUUGGAUUGUACAGUGACCAAUCACAUACAGAAACAUUUGCCUAUGAACUCUAUGAAAAAAAUUUCAAGAAAUAGAACAAAUGGAGGACAAUUGUUCCUUUCAGUUUAGAAUAUUUCUGCAAUUGCAUGUCAUUCAGUAGUAAGCUACAGUUGAAUAGUGGACUUAUCAGUUGAAUAUAAGCUACACAAUUCAUUAUGGAAAAACAACAAAAAUCAUAGUAAAAUAAGGACUAUGAUAGUGCCAUCCAGCAUGCAGUCAUUUAGCCACCACCUGGAUUUAAAUAGUGAUGGGAAAUAAAACUAAUGUGGGCAUGCUCCCCAACCCCCAAUUAACAAAGAACAUUGGUAUAAGAAACAGAACUGAGCUUAUCCUACUUUUAACAUGCAGUUUUCUGAGUUACAUUGUUUAAAAAAAAUUGCUGAAUUCCUCUUAACUGAAGAAAUGAAUUGUUAUGAAUAUCAAAAUGUUGUACAUAAUAAAUUGAUUGUGAUCCUAA